AUGAUUAAUUUGAGUUACGAUGAAUUCUAUGAAUUUUUAAAAGCUGCUUUGAAUAAUGAUUUAUGUGAACUUUUUCGAAUUCAUGCUAUUCGAGAUAUGUUCUCUUUAUUAUCAACAACAGUCGAUCGAUUAAUUGAAAUUUUCAAUUAUGAUAUUCUUGAAUUAAAUUCUUUGAAACAAAAACUUGGUUAUGUUUCAACAAAUGGAAAUUUUUAUCCCCGACUUGGUUAUCGAAAUUCACUUGAUCGUUUAUUAUUGUUAGUAAAGACGAAAAUGAAUUUACGUAUGAAUAGUUUAGUUGUACCUGUUAAUCACAUCGAAUAUGAUAUUGCACAAAAAUUAACAGAAUUGUGGGAAAAUACUCCUAAUUUAUCAAAUCAUAAUAAUGCUCCUAUUCUUAUUUCAUGGAUUAAAAAUAUUGUUGAAAAUCUUAAAAGACCAAAGAAUAAAUUUAGUUAUGAUCAUCAUAUUCAACAAUUUGCUCUUCUAUUAUUAAUUCUUGGUAGUCGAAAUUGCUAUGAAUUUCUUCGAUUGAACUUAUAUGGAGCAUUACCUCAUAUUACCAAUUUAGAAUUAUUGAAGGACAGUUCAGAUUUGAUUUAUUAG